AUGUCUGCCGCUGCUAAGACUACCGCUCAGAACCUCAUCAACGAGAAUGCCGUUGUUGUCUUCUCCAAAUCUUACUGCCCCUACUGCAAGGCCAGCAAGGACCUCCUGAACUCGCUCGAUGCGAAGUUCACCACCCUCGAGUUGGAUCUGGAGAAGGACGGCGACGCCAUUCAGAACGCUCUCCAGGAGAUCUCCGGCCAGCGCACUGUCCCCAACAUCUACAUCAACAAGAAGCACAUUGGUGGUAACUCCGACCUGCAGAGCUUGCAGCAGAAGAAGGAACUGACGGCUUUGCUUGCUGCUGCCGGUGCUGUUUAA